UGUUAGGUUAGCUGUUGUUGUUCCAUGCAAUUCAAUCGAAUUCAACCAAUGAAGUCCACAAGUGCGCCUUUUGUAUCCAACGGAUUCAGUUUAGCUUCAGCUCUCCGAUUGAUGUUGUUUAUUCUUAUUCGUCGUCCGUCGUUCCGUUGUAUCGUCCGCUGCCGAGUGCUGCCACCGCUGCCGUCUUAGUUCAGUUGCGUUUCAUCGUAUAAUCUUGCGUCGUAUUGUUCGUCGUUUCUGUUUUUCGUCUCCUGUGAAAUUAAUAAAUUUUCAGUGAAUAGAAAAAUAAUAAAAUUAUAAAAUUUAACUCACCGAAUAAUAAAUAAUUUAUUUUAAAACAACAUAUUGCAAGGAUUCAUCAAAACACCACCGUCAUACAUCGCAUCCUUUAAUCUCUUUUGCUCUCGUACGAGUCCUGUCGGUAUACAUCGGUUGUGAAUUUUGUUUGUUGUGUUGCGUUGUUUUUGAGAUACGCGCCCGCGCAUUAUAGUUUCUUGAUUGUGUACAGUGAGUGAAUUUAAUUGACAUUGUCAAAUAUAAAAAAAGAAAACUACGUAUAUCCUGUUCGAGCACAGAAUCCUUGUUGUCAUAGCAACUUCUCUAACUAUAGUCCUUCUUGGUCUUCUUUGUGUGUCUUGUAUAAAGCAGGACAAACAUCAAAUUGAAGCAGCAGAUAACUACUAACUUAACCACCAAAAAAAAGAACUAAGGAAUUCUUCAACUUUUAAAAACAAAAAUCUUUCUGAUCGUCACAAAGAAGUUUCAGAAUGAAUCUGAUUGCAGCUGUUAGCAUUCUACUGGUGACCAUUCUGACGUUCCAGACGACAGUGAUAAAUGGGGCCAAAAGCUUAGCCGAGCACAAACAACACUCGUCAUCGUCCAAAGAACACUUGGCAUUAGAAUCAGGACUGGGGUCUGUUGGCGACAGCCUCGUUCGCCGAGGCCGUGGAGCCAAAUCCUCCAGUCAGGGAUCUGAGGCCGGUGGUGGUGGCUCUGGAGGUGGUGGGGUUGUAUCUUCCUGUCGCUAUUCAAAAAGUGCUUGGACAGAGUGUGAUGCCAAAACCAAUUCAAGAUCAAGGACGUUUACAUUGAAGAAAGGUGAAUCAAGUUGCCAACAAACAAGGACUAUCGAAAAGAAAUGCAAAAAAGCUUGCCGUUAUGAAAAAGGUGCCUGGACUGAAUGCACUUCCGGCCAAAUGACACGACAAGACAAACUUAAAACUACCAGCGAUUCAACCUGUGAGCCAGUUCGUUCCAUCAACAAGAAAUGCAAUCCCGGCGGUGGUGGUGGUAAGCCCAAGGAUAAAGGCAACAAAGAACGUAAAAACAAGGACAAAAAUUCCCGCAAGGCAGCAGCUGCUUAAAUAAAUUAAAUCCUGAAAACCAGAAUCUUCUAGAAUUAUUCUCUUAAAACAAAGAAUUAAUUCAUGAAAUCUUUAUAAUAUAGUUUUAGCCUAAGAAUAUAUAUUAUUAUAAUUAUAACAAAAAAAGUAAAAUUAUUCUUCUAUAUUAUAAUAAUGAAAUUUUUUGAAAUUAUACAAAUUACAUACACAUUAUUAAAUAAACUUAACUAUUUUUUAAAAAACCCAGUAUACUGUCUUCAUGUUUUAUGAAAAUUAAAAUUAUUAAUUAAAUAAUUAUACAAAAAAUUAAGAAGAAAAAAAAAUAUUAUGUUCUCAUUGUGUGUAAUUGUAAGUUGAAAUAUCAUUUAUAUAAAGAAAUAAAAUAAUUAUUUGUAUAUUGUCACAAAGCAGAAAAUAAAAAUUAUUAUAACAUCGACUGUAAUUCAACGAAAAUGAUUUAUAAAAACAUACAAACAUACAUAUACUUAUAUAAUAUUUGAAAACAUGUCCACUAAUAAUACAACUAUCAUUCAGAAAAAAGAAAACUUAGAUCAGUAAUUAUAUCUGAUUCUUAAAUAAAAUUAUUCAAUAAAUUUUCAAAA